AUGAUGGAUCUAGAGAAACUCGACAUAGAAUUAGUUGAGAAUGGUCCUCAGAUUGGACUUGUAGAGUCAACAGUGGCUCUGCAGGUUAUGGUUGAGAUCGCUAGGAGCUCUAGAGAGCAAGGAAGCCCAUCUGUAGGCCAUGAGUGCAUGAUAGAAAAGUUUACCAAGAUGAAUCCUCUGAAACUUUCGAGAAGAGUUGAUCCUGCAGCUACUAUGAAUUGGAUGAAGGAGAUCGAGAAAGUCUUGGUCGUAUUACAGUGUACGGAGGAACAAAGGGUCCUUUUUCCGACCUAUAAACUAACAAGGGAGGCUGAGAGGUGGUGGACUUUUUUUAAACUUCUGGAGCAGCGGAGGACGACACCGAUAGCUAUGACAUGGGACCAAUUUAAAGAAUUAUUCUCUGACAAAUAUUUCCUAGCCACUGUUAGGGAAGCUAAAGUGGAAGAGUUCUGGAAUCUGAAGCAAGGACAGCAGUCCAUCUAG